GGGCUUCUGCUCGGGAUGUUGCGGGGUUCGGGUUGCUGGGCUGGGGCGCCGCGGGGCUGAGCGGCCCGGAGGAGGGUAGGUGAGGCGGCCCGGAGCCCGGGCUCUGCCCAGCUUGCCCAAGGCCUCCCAGCGGAGUCAAGAAUGGCUACUGAACAUCCAGGAGGCGUCUGCAAGACUGUGAAUCAAGGUUGAGACCACGAAAUUAUUUCUGACAAAGGAUAUAUAUGGAAUAGAAUCAUCCUGGUGGGAGAUAAUGGAAAGACUUAUAAAAAGCAGCAUUGAGUGUUCAAGUUUCAGAGGUGAUUGGGAAUAUAAAAGCCAGUUUGAGAGAAAGCAGGAAUCUCAGGAAGAACAUUUCAGUCAAAUGAUAUUUACUCCUGAAGACAUGCCCACUUUCAAUACCCAGCACCAGAGAAUUCAUGCUAAUGAGAAACUCCUUGAAUGUAAGGAAUGUGGAAAGGAUUUUAGUUUUGUAUCAGUCCUUAUUCGACAUCAGCGAAUUCAUACUGGGGAGAAACCUUAUUUGUGUAAAGAAUGUGGCAAGGCCUUUGGUAGUGGUGCAAACCUUGCUUACCAUCAAAGAAUCCACACUGGUGAGAAACCUUACGAAUGUAGUGAGUGUGGAAAGGCCUUUGGCAGUGGCUCAAAUCUCACCCACCAUCAGAGAAUUCAUACUGGUGAGAAGCCCUAUGAAUGUAAAGAGUGUGGGAAAGCCUUUAGCUUUGGAUCAGGCCUUAUUCGACAUCAGAUAAUCCACAGUGGUGAAAAGCCUUACGAAUGUAAAGAAUGCGGGAAGUCCUUUAGUUUUGAAUCCGCCCUUACUCGGCAUCACAGAAUUCACACAGGUGAGAAGCCUUAUGAAUGUAAGGAUUGUGGAAAGACCUUUGGCAGUGGUUCAAACCUUACCCAACAUCAGAGGAUUCAUACUGGUGAAAAACCUUAUGAAUGUACAGCUUGUGGGAUGGCCUUCAGUAGUGGUUCAGCCCUUACUCGCCAUCAGAGAAUUCACACUGGUGAGAAACCUUAUGUAUGUAAUGAAUGUGGCAAAGCUUUUAGUUUUGGAUCAGCCCUGACUCGACAUCAAAGGAUUCACACUGGUGAGAAGCCUUAUGUGUGUAAAGAAUGUGGCAAGGCUUUUAAUAGUGGCUCAGAUCUCACUCAACAUCAGAGAAUCCACACGGGUGAGAAGCCCUACGAGUGUAAGGACUGUGAGAAAGCUUUUAGAAGUGGUUCAAAGCUUAUUCAGCAUCAAAGAAUGCACACGGGUGAGAAACCUUAUGAGUGUAAGGAGUGUGGGAAAGCCUUCAGUAGUGGUUCAGACCUUACUCAACAUCAGAGAAUACACACUGGUGAGAAACCCUAUGAAUGUCAGGAAUGUGGGAAAGCCUUUGGUAGUGGCUCCAAACUUAUUCAACACCAGCUAAUUCACACCGGUGAGAAGCCCUAUGAAUGUACAGAGUGUGGAAAGGCCUUUAGCAGUGGUUCAGCUCUUAAUCGCCACCACAGAACACACACUAGCGAGAAACCCUAUGGAUGUAAGGAAUGUGGGAAGACUUUUACUACUGGUUUGAGCCUUACUCAACAUCAGAGAAUUCACAGCAGUGAGAAACUUUAUAAACUGUAAGGAAUGUGGGAAGGCGGUUUGGAGGGGUUCCGCGACAUAA